GAAGGGACCCAAGAUGGCUGACUACUCACGGGGGGGGGAACAGCUAGCAAUUAUCUGAGCCGUCGGGAAUGAAUGGCAAAUAGCGCUGUAAUGUCGGGCGUAACCUCGGAGUAACCGCACGGCAGCACGUUGUUGGCUCGCACGAUUGUUUGGAAUGCACGGAUACCGGUAUGGAGAGGGUGGUCUCUCCGCGGCCCCGAGCCAGAACAUGGCGGAACACUUGGGGCAGAAAUAGCGGCUAACGGCUAGCUAGCUAGCUUGGACGUAUUAUUCAGAACAUAAUUGGGGGGUGGGGGAACAGCGGCUCGGGUAGUGAACACGGUGUCCGCGGGUGUGAAGUAAUGUUACCGGUGCGCAGCUCUGCUCGUUCGGGCUUUGUGUUGUUGUUUUGAGCGUCGGGACAUGUGGAGCGUAGGCAGCUAGCGCGCCAGCUAACUCGGUAGUCGUGCUAGCUAGCGCACCCUAGCUAACGUUGCCCUCCAGCGUACAGACUGUACUAACGGGCAGGCUGGGUGCUUUGGGAACCAGCGGCCGUUAGAGCAGCGGCUAUUGUGAUUACCGCUCCCUCGGCGGUGUGUUUGUGGGGGGGGUUUUGUACUGGCUGACAGCCGUUGCUUUGACUUUUAACACGUUAGCAGUCGUUAGUAAACGAGUCCGUCGUUAGCUCGCUGCAAACGGUCAGUGAGUCUCCUGAGCGAGACGAGUUUACAACGGCCCGAGGGGGGGAAACCAAAAUCAACAUAUCGUAGUUGUGACCGGGGGACGUUUCCUGGUUCCUCGUCCCGGACUUUGGAAUACGCUCGGGCUGGUUGAGCCCUCGAGCGGUCAGCCAGAGCUGCGUUGUAGAGGUGAACGGGGGGUGGAAAGUGAAGUUGUGGUGUUACUAGGCGAGGCGGACACCCUGUGAGACAAAGCCGAGAAGGAAGGUCCGGGAGGGGGAUACCGGCCAGCACCACCACCUGCCAGGAUGACGGACACUCGCCGACGAGUCAAAGUCUACACCCUCAACGAGGACAGACAGUGGGAUGACCGCGGGACCGGACACGUCUCCUCGGCUUAUGUGGAGCGAUUGAAAGGCACAUCCCUGCUGGUGCGAGCAGAGAGCGAUGGUUCCCUACUGCUGGAGUCCAAAAUCAACCCAAACACAGCUUACCAGAAACAGCAGGACACGUUGAUAGUGUGGUCAGAGGCAGAGAAUUACGAUCUGGCGCUCAGCUUCCAAGAGAAGGCUGGCUGUGAUGAAAUCUGGGAGAAAAUAUGCCAGGUGCAGGGGAAAGACCCAUCAGUGGACAUCACCCAGGAUGUAGUGGACGAGUCCGAGGAGGAGCGCUUCGAUGACAUGUCGUCGCCGGGUCUAGAGUUGCCCCCAUGUGAACUGAACCGCUUGGAGGACCUCGCCGAGAUGGUGGCCUCCUCGCUCCCAUCGCCGCUGCGGCGCGAGAAACUGGCACUCGCCGUGGAGAACGAGGGCUACAUUCGCAAAAUCCUGGAACUGUUCCGCGUGUGUGAGGAUUUAGAGAAUCGAGAGGGACUGCACCACCUCUACGAAAUCAUAAAAGGCAUCUUCCUGCUCAAUCGCACGGCACUCUUUGAGGUUAUGUUCUCUGAAGAGUGCAUCAUGGACGUCAUUGGCUGUCUGGAGUUUGACCCGGCGCUCCCGCAGCCACGGCGGCAUCGAGAGUUUCUCACUAAGACAGCUCGCUUUAAGGAGGUGAUCCCCAUCUCUGAUCCCGAACUACGUCAGAAAAUACACCAGACAUAUCGGGUGCAGUAUAUUCAGGACAUGGUGCUGCCCACGCCCUCUGUAUUUGAGGAAAACAUGCUGUCCACCCUGCACUCCUUCAUCUUCUUCAACAAGGUGGAGAUUGUGGGCAUGCUACAGGACGAUGAGAAGUUUCUGACAGACCUCUUUGCACAGCUAACAGAUGAGGCUACUGAUGACGACAAAAGACACGAGCUGGUGAACUUCCUUAAAGAAUUCUGUGCAUUCUCACAAACGUUACAACCUCAAAACAGAGACGCCUUCUUCAAGACAUUGUCAAACAUGGGCAUUUUACCUGCACUAGAGGUCAUACUGGGAAUGGAUGACGUUCAGGUGCGUGGGGCGGCCACAGAUAUCUUCUCUUAUCUGGUGGAGUACAACCCCUCCAUGGUACGAGAGUUCGUCAUGCAGGAAUCUCAGCAGAAUGAUGAUGACAUCCUGUUGAUCAACCUGAUCAUUGAACACAUGAUCUGUGACACAGACCCAGAACUAGGGGGGGCAGUGCAGCUGAUGGGCCUACUGAGGACUCUGGUGGACCCAGACAAUAUGCUGGCUACGGCAAAUAAAACUGAGAAGACAGAGUUCCUGAGCUUCUUCUACAAGCACUGUAUGCACGUCCUCUCGGCUCCACUACUGGCCAACACCACGGAGGAAAAACCCAGCAAAGACGACUUUCAAACAUCCCAGUUGCUGGCGUUGAUUCUGGAGCUGUUGACGUUCUGUGUGGAGCAUCACACCUAUCACAUCAAGAACUAUAUCAUCAACAAGGACAUUCUCAGGAGGGUUCUGGUGCUCACUGCGUCUCAGCACGCGUUCCUGGCCCUAUGUGCCCUGCGCUUCAUGCGGAGGAUCAUUGGUCUGAAGGAUGAAUUCUACAAUCGCUACAUCAUGAGGAACUUCCUUUUUGAGCCCGUCAUCAAGGCCUUCCUCAACAAUGGAUCCCGCUACAAUCUCAUGAACUCUGCAAUCAUUGAGAUGUUUGAGUAUGUCCGUGUGGAGGAUGUGAAGUCUCUCACCGCUCAUAUAGUUGAGAACUACUGGAAAGCUCUGGAAGACGUCGACUAUGUCCAGACGUUCAAGGGCCUGAAGCUGCGGUAUGAACAGCAGCGAGAGAGACAGGACAACCCCAAACUGGAUAGCAUGCGCUCCAUCCUGCGGAACCAUCGCUUCCGUCGUGAUGCACGGACGCUGGAGGAUGAAGAGGAGAUGUGGUUCAACACAGAUGAGGACGACCUUGAGGACGGUGAGGCAGUGGUUCCUCCCUCUGACAAGAUGAAGAACGAGGAAGACCUCAUGGAACCUAUAAGCAAAUUCAUGGAGAGAAAGAAAUUGAAAGACCCAGACGACAAAGAAGUUCUGGGGAAGUCGAGCUUGUCAGGUCGACAGAGUCCCAGCUUCAAACUCUCCUUCUCUGGCUCAACUAAAACCAGCCUAUCCAGCCCCCCCUCAUCUGCCUCGCUGAACCCAGGUUCUCCGGGAUCACCGGGGUCACCGGGCUCAGGAGUGCGCAGCUCACCCCCCACCACAGCCGUAACUACAAAGGGAGGUUUAGUGGGACUGGUUGAUUAUCCUGAUGAUGACGACGACGAGGACGAAGAGGAGGAGGAGGAAGAUGCAGACAGUAAAGGGGAACCCCUGCCCCCUUCCAAGAAGCCCAAACUGAGCUCCUAAAAGAAGCAUCGCCGUCUCAGCUUGUUCUCUGCUCAGACAGUUUCAGUGCAUAGACUUAACACAAGAAUGAUCAAACUUGUAAACAAAUUGAAUGAAUGAAUGCAAACCGCCCGUCUCCGUCAGCGGGCGGCCACAGAGGAGCAGACUGUGAAUGGAUUCUGAGCCUCCUCAGUUUAGCCCCAAGACUCGUUCAUACAAGUGCCAAUCGGGAGACCAGGAGUGGGUAAAAAAAAAAAGAAAAGUGGAACAGGCCAGUGAAAGUUGGGGGGGAGAGUUCGGACUCGGACAGUACAGAACAUGUUGGACUUUGACAACUCAGCAACUGGAGGAAAAGACCACACACAGAAAGAGUACAAGCAGAAUGAAGCCCCAGAGAGCUCACAGGCUCGGACCAUAACCCACUGCCCCCCAACCCCGCCCCCCACUCAGGGAAGGACAUCACAGUGGCCCAGACGGGUCGGCCAAUUCAGACCCAGAACCACAACUCGCACCCCACCCCCCUCCCCUCCCCAGAAUCCUUUCUACUUCUUUUCUCCUCUGCUCUCUUCUUCGUCUGUUUGCUUUCUGCCCCCCCACCCCCCCUUUUUUUAAGUUAGUAUAUAGGACCAGACGGGAGGCGGCAUGUGGCAAAGAGCUGUCCUUGUUGUCAUUUGAUGAUGUCAUCAGUGUCGUUGUUCCUCAGCGGACGUUCUUUCUGACUAGAAAAAAGCCAGCAGUUUCAGUUUUCCUAUUUUUUUUUCUCUUCUCUAUUUGUCUCUGUCUUUCUCCUGUUUUUUGUAAAUGAUGACAAAAAAGACCUGCCUUUAAAUGUUCAGGACGUUUUCAGUCACACUUGAACAGGUUUUUAAAGACCUCAGUAGGUGAGCUAGUUUUACCCUUUUUGCCCUUUGAAACUGCAGAUUUUUUGGAGAAUUUGUAAUCCCGUCUUGAUUAAAGAUUGAGUGGAAUUCUAGAUGUGAUGAAUUUUGUCAUAUCUUCUCAUUUUUUUUCCUUUUCCAUGAGUGUACACUUAGUUGUUCAGAAUAUUUGGGACCAUUAAAAUGAUCUUUGCUGUAA